AUGCCUCAAGAGGAAACAAACCAAGAAAACUCGAAAGAAUCGUCAUCUGAGAUGGAGAUCGACUCAUGGACCAUCAAAUCGGAGAAGAUCCAAACCGCCCAGAAAAUCCAUCUCCGGCCAAUGACUCUCUCCGACAUCGACGAUUUCAUGGUCUGGGCAACCGACUCCAACGUCACGCGCUUUUGCACGUGGGAGCCUUACACGAGCCGAGAAGCCGGAAUCGCUUUCAUAAACGACGUCGUUUUGCCACACCCUUGGCUCCGAGCUAUCUGCUUAGACAACGACCGUCCGAUCGGCUCGAUCUCCGUCACCCCCGUCGAUAAGAUCAGAGGAGAGAUCGGGUAUGUACUCGGAAGCAAGUACUGGGGGAAAGGAAUCGCGACGGAGGCGGUGAGGCUUGUCGCGGCGGAGAUAUUCAAGGAGAAGCCGGAGAUGGAGAGGCUUGAGGCGCUUGUCGACGUGGAUAACGUCGGAUCUCAAAAGGUUCUUGAAAAAGUUGGGUUUACAAGAGAAGGUGUGAUGAGGAAGUUUAUGUGUCUUAAAGGAAAUGUUAGAGAUAUGGUCAUGUUUAGUUUCUUGCCUUCUGAUUCUUUACACUGA